AUGAUACAAAAAUAUACACGCAUUCAUAUCUAUCUCAAUUUCUGCUCAGACUAUUCAUAUCUAUCUAUCUGUUCAUAUCUGUCUAUCUAUCUAUCUAUUCAUAUCUGUCUAUUAGUCUAUUCAUAUCUAUCUAUCUAUCUAUCUAUCUAUUCAUAUCUUCUAUUCAUAUCUAUCUAUCUAUCUAUCUAUUCAUAUCUGUCUAUUAGUCUAUUCAUAUCUAUCUAUCUAUCUAUUUAUUCAUAUCUAUUCAUAUCUAUCUAUCUAUCUAUUCAUAUCUGUCUAUUAGUCUAUUCAUAUCUAUCUAUUUAUCUAUUUCAACUUUAUAUCUUUUUUGUUCUUUCCUUCUCAUUUGCUACUCUUUCUUUCUUUUGUUCUUUCCUUCUCAUUUGCUACUCUUUCUUUCUUUUGUUCUUUCCUUCUCAUUGCCACUAUUUUUUUCUCAAUGACACACUUCAUUUUUUUUUCUUUUCUUUUCUUUCUUUCUUUCUUUUUUUCUCAAUUUGCCACUUUUUUUCUUUUUCUUUCUUUCUUUCUUUCUUUCUUUCUUUCUUUCUUUCUCAAUUGACACACUUUCCUUCUUUUUCUCUUUCUUUCUUUCUUUCUUUUUUUUUUUUUUGCUUUCCUUCUUUUCUUUUUCUUUUUUUAUUUUUCUUUCUUUCUUUUUUUCUUUCUUUCUCAAUUUCAGCCUUUAUAUCUUUCUUUCUCAAUUGCCAUUCUUUCUUUUUUUUUUCUUCCUUUCUUUUUUCUUUCUUUUUUUUAUCAAAAAAUUCUUUCUUUUCUCAGUUGCCAAUUUUUCUCUUUUUUCUUUCUUUUUUUUUUCAACUGAUGCUCUUUCUUUCUUUCUUUCUUUCUUUCUUUCUUUCUUUCUUUCUUUCUUUCUUUCUUUCUUUUACUAAUGCCAUUUGUAACUUUCUGCAAUUUUAA